AAGCUGUCAGAAACCUGCUUUCCACAGAGGAAGGAGGGGUUGGUUCAUGGGAAGAGACUGCAGCACAGUGUGCAGUGGUUCCUGCAGCUGAACUACAGUGAGCGCAUACACUGGACUCAGGGUUCUCUGUGACUUAUUUCUUUAAUCACAAUCAUGGGUCAGUCAUUCUCUUCUACAUUUGCGAAUGAAGACCGUGGAGAUUUGGAAUCCAGUUUCACUGCAUAUUUUAAUAAUACUGAAAUAGAAAACGAAAUCAUUCCUCCGGAAAUCAUCCGUUCUAUAAAAAGGUCUCUGAGAAGAGGAAAUGUUCAUCAGGCACAUUACAUAAUCAGUAAUAGAUUACGAGAUAUUUAUUAUGCCCCAAUAAACAUUGCUGUGACAGGAGAGUCUGGAGCAGGGAAGUCCAGCUUCAUCAAUGCCCUGAGGGGAGUUGGACCUGAAGAGGAAGAUGCAACUCAAGUUGGGAUAGCAGAGACAGCUAUGAGGAGAAUUCCAUACAAGCACCCCAAAAUUGAAACGUUGACGUUUUGGGAGCUGCCUGGCAUUGGAACUAUGAACAUUCCACCAAAAUAUUAUCUGGAGAAAAUGAAAUUCCAAGAGUAUGACUUCUUCGUGAUUCUUUCCGCCACACGCUUUAAACUACUUGAACUAGACCUUGCCCAAGCAAUCAAAUUGAAGAGAAAGAUUUGCUACUUUGUAAGAACCAAAGUGGAUGCUGACUUACAAAAUGAAAAGGAAUCCAAACCAUGUACCUUUGACAGAGUAAAGACCCUGCAGCAGGUCAGAAGAUACUGUGUGAACACCUUCAUUCAGAAUAACAUGGAUGCUCCACCGAUUUUCUUGAUUUCUAACCACAAUUUAUCAGACUAUAAUUUUCCAGUCCUGAUGGACGCCCUGAUAAAAUUUCUUCCUGCUCAAAAGCACCACAACUUUAUACUUUCCUUGCCUAAUAAUACUGAGGCUGUCGUUGACAAAAAGCACAAAUCUAUGCAGCAGUUUAUCUUGUUGGAAGCCUGCCAGGCUGGAAUUUUGGCUACUGUUCCUACAGUGGACAUCCUCAUGGAUGAAGUCGAGGAGUUGAAAGUGAAGUUAAACCACUACCGGGUCCUCUUUGGACUAGAUGAUGAAUCCCUGGAAGUCAUGGCUAACGAUUCUCAAGUGCCUGUUGAACAACUGAAAAAAAACAUUAAAUCUCCUUAUUUGUUGGAAACUAAGAAAGAAGAAACAUUGGGAGAAAUGGUUUUGAAAUAUGUGGAGAAAUUUGCCUCAGCUAAUGGUGGGCCUCUUGCUACAGGGCAUUACUUUGGGAAAACCUUUUACUUACAACUUUAUUUCCUUGACACAGUGACUGAAGAUGCCAAAGUUCUCCUUAGAGAGACAUAUUUUAAAAAACUAGUUCAAGCUCAGCUCAUCCACAGUGACUGACCAGGACAAGAUCACAAGAUCAAUGGUGAAUACAAUAGAAUCACUAGAUAAAUUCCCCCUCUUAUAUCUUUUCUUUCCACUAACCAAUCCACUAUCAACAUGAGAAACCUAGGGAUAAGGGCCAUGUGUGUUAAUAUGUCAGAACCUGGCAAUCCCCAGCUUCAACCCUCUACCUUCCUCUCUGUCUUUCAACUCUGGUGUGGGAGAAUUGUCUGUAUCCUGUCAAUCAUGUUUUAAAUAAAUGCUGAUAGGCCAAUAGCCAGGCAGAGAGUAUAGGCAAGACAACCAGACAGGAAGUAGAGGCAGGGCAAUGAGAACAGGAGUAUUCUGGGAAGAAGGAAGUUCUUUCUGAGUCCUGUCCAGACACCGACUAAGCAAGAUGUGACCUGUCCCACUGAAAAAGGUACUGAGCCAUGUGACUAACAUAGAUAAGAAUAAUGGGUUAAGCUGGGCGGUGAUGGCUCAUGCCUUUAAUCCUAACACUUGGGAGGCAGAGGCAGGAGGAUCUCUGUGAGUUCGAGACCAGCCUGGUCUACAAGAGCUAGUUCCAGGACAGGCUCCAAAACACAGAGAAACUCUGUCUCGAAAAACCAAAAAAAAAGAAUAAUGGGUUAACAUCAGUUAUAAGAGCUAAUACGAAGCCUGAGCUAAUGGGCCAAUCAGUUUAUAACUUAUGGAGACCUCUGCGUGACUUUCUUUGGGGCUUACCAGCUGUGGGAACUGGGCAGGACAGGAACCAACAAGCAGGCCUUCAUGUUACACAACUCCACAUGUACACUUUAAAACACACAUGCACAGACUCACAUACAGACACACACAGUGCCAUGUCGUGCACAUAUAAUGAGCAGAGCUCAAUUUCCAGAACCCAUAUAAAAGUUGAAUGGGUGUGGUAGGCACCUUGGACUCCAAACUCAGAAGGCAGAGAAGGCGGAACCAUGGAGCAAGCUGGCUGUCAAGAGUGUGAGAUAACUGAAAGUUCUAGGUUUAAUUGAGGGACCUUGUCUUGGUGACAAAGACCAGAGAGCAAUUGAGGAUAGGAUAACAUAAGCCUGACAUACUCACCCACACACGUGAACAUGCAUACCACACAGAGAGACACAUUUUAUUUUUUUAAUAUUUUUAUUCGUUUUACAUACCAACCACAGUCUUCCUAUCCCCUCUUCCCCUGCCUCCCAUAAGCACACCCCAAUUCACUCCUCAGACAUGCUAAGGCCUCCCAUGGUGAGUCACCAAAGCCUGGCACAAUCAGUUGAGUCAGAAGCAAGCCCCUCCCCUGCCAGAAGCAAAGACCUGUAUUUUGAGGUCUGUAUUUUGUUUACAGUCAUCUUAAGUUCACAAGUAAGUUAUUCCUCUCUGCAGGGGAAAUUCUGGGCCUAGGAAAUCAACCUGGUAUCUUAUCUCCUAAUGAGACCUGCUGGCCCCAGGCUUUUAGAAACAAUUAGCAUUUUCUUUGUUAGUCAACAAUCACAGAUGCUCAGUAUUUCCUUAUCAGCUAGGGAUGUCUCUGAACCUGAAUUCCAGUGGUCCUGACACCUUCCCCUCCCACUUGCCCAUUUUUUAUUUUUUCAUUUUUUUAUUUUCUUGCUGUAAAACAGCUUCUGAGAAACAAUAAAACACGAC